AUGCGUUUCCCAACCGUCCUGAUCUCCUUGGUGGCUUUGGCCAAUGCAGCCGUUCCCAGCUGCUCGAGCUUUCCCAACUCUGCAUGCGUAACCACAUGCAUACAAAACACCGGCCUCGACAAAUAUGCCUGCAGAAAAAGCUGCCGAGAGACUAAGCAGUCUCUUUGCUCAAAGAGCUGCAGCACCUCCCAGACUCGCGAGCUUGCUGACGGCGAAUCCGUUGCUGAGAAACGUCAGAUUACCAGUCCAUGUGUCGACCUUUGUCUAGCCAGACCUGAAUGCGCUGAGGCGCGGUCCGUCAUAACAGGCGAUGGCUCCGCACCGGCCAAGUCGUUUGAUAAGCGGCAGUUCUCCCCAUGCGUUCAGGCUUGCCUUGAGGAACUCGGUAUCUGGGAUGGCAAAGCCCGUUCAAUUUGCAAGGAACAGUGUGGCGAAGCCAGAGUCAAGAGAGAACCGAUUUCUGCCCCGGUGGCUGCUGCGCCGGCGGAGAAGCGACAGAUUCAAUGGUCUGAGUGUGUUCUUGCAUGCGUAGAGGAACUCGGUAUUCGUGAUGGGAAGGGAUACGUCUAUUGCCAGAGACAAUGCGGCGAGCGUGAAUAG